AUGGAAGUUUUGGAUGCUCGAUGUACGGUUAUAUCAAAUGCAGAAGCUUUGAACUUGCUGAUAACGGCAAAGGCCAAGCAAAACAAAGAACGAUCUCUCAGACAACACCAGACAGUGCUGUACGAGACUGUAAAAUACCUUAAAGAGACUCCGGCUAUCAGUCAGACAGAACAACAUGUCGUUGAACUAAUGAAAGCUCUCGAACCGUACAAGUUGACUGGAGCCGAAGUUUUGCAAAUUGUGAAUCACAGGCCGACAGAUAGUCUCGGUCUUGGAGUGUUGAUUGAAGAGUGCGAUGAGAGGAUCAACGACGAUCAGAUGGGCGAGAUUUUGGACAUUGUGAUCAGGAUUCUGCCGGCACCAGUGAAUGAAGCUUCUGAAGCUUCGUGA